AUGGCGUCGCACGGCUUGGCUUCUUGGCUGAGCGGCCGCCUGUCGGCGUGCUCCGCCCCCACCGCCUCCGACCGUCGGCAGCAAGAGUGCGAGCACGCGGCCACUCUGCGCUCGAGCGCCCACCUGCCGCUGGACAUUGGCUUUGCCCAGUUGUGCGCCCGAGAGACGACGCCGCCCAUGAGCGUCGAGACGCGCGCGCUCGUCGAGGAGAUCGACAGCGAGGCGGACGACGUCGAGUUUGACGAGCGAGCGCAUUGGUCGAGACGAAGUUGGCGGAAGAGAGCGCGAGCGCCUCGCAGAGGCGCAGGCGCACGAGUGGACGCGUCGCAGCCGUCGAUUGCGCGCUUUUGCACGCCGCCAACGGCUGUGUGUGACGCUAUUGCGACGGAAGAGGGAGAGGCGGUGGACGGAGAUGAUGCGGUGGCUGCUGUUUGUGGAGCUGCUGUAGAGGUGGUGGAGACUGGUGAGGAGGGGGAGGAGGAGGAAAAGAAGAAGGACGAGGAGGUGAAGCGGGGGAGCAAUGAGAGGAGCGGGAAGACGAGAGCGGAGAGGGUGGGGGUGGAGGCAGUUGCGGGGGUCGAUCGCUGCAUGAUGGAAGAGGGUGUUUCGACUGCUCGGAUGAGCUCUGGGCGGCCGAAGCGACAGGCAGUUGUGCGGGCGGAGAUAGUCCAGCAGCAGCAAAAGUUGCUGGAUGCUGUGGCUGCGAGGAACGAGGCGGCUUCGUUUUUGACCCCACCUCCGUCGACAAAGAAGAAAGUCGAAGAAGGGAAUGCGACAACGAGUGGACGUAAGAGAAAGUUAGAGAUGAACAGGAAACUCAAGACGUUGGCGUGUGGGAAGGGCGACUCGACGACAAGCUCACCAAGUGUGGCCAAGACGGCUCAGUCGUUCUUUCUGAGCGAGCAAGAGAAAAAGCAGCUGCAAGAGAUCGAGACCGUGUCGUUGUUUCGGGCACAGCUUCGACAGACACGUGAGAAAGAUCUUGCUUUCUUUGCCGGCAAAACGGCUAGUCCGUUUUUUCAAGCGCGAGCUUGUAUCAAGCCAAGCGGUAGUUCUGUCGAAGACGAUGAUGGAGCUGUUAAAAUGCAAGGAGAUGGUGAGACGAAGCAACGGCAGAGUACGAAUGGGGGUGGUCGCUGGGGGAAGCCAUUUCCGCUAUUUCCCGAGGUGCAGCACGUGUUGAUCGCGUGUGUAGAGGCAGGAGAUAUAGACAGGACCGUUAUUGACGUGUCGCCACCAAAGCGAGUCGUACCUGCAGUCGAUAAGCCCUCGGCAGUAAUAGCUGCUGAUGACGAUGGAGCAAGAGGAAGCAAGUUGACGGACGGCGUGAUGGAUCAGCUAAAAGCAGCAAUGAAUGGGCAAGUAGCCACCGAGUCUUCGUUCUGUGAGCAGUUUUGGUUUCGUGAGCACUUGGAUGCCUCCAGCUUACGAGCUCGAGUUGUCGAAUGUAUCGAUGUUACCUCUCCACGUCCAGCGGAGAAUGCAGACGCGGCUAUGGAAGAGCUGAUGAAAAGGGAAACAUUGUUGAUUGAUGAGUUAGUUGAGACGCAUGGGAUGCGUGAGAAACGAGUGCGCGAGCUCCUUGAGGGGCUCGAACUGGCGAGGACGAGACGUUUGGAUCGCGAGCAGAACUUGUCUUUAGUAGACCGCUACUUGCCGGUAAAUGCUAGUGGUCUUGUUGGCAAUUGCGAAGCGCUUCACACACUGUCAUCAUGGCUGAGUGCUUGGAAGGUCGGUGGUGGUGAUCAGGAAAAGCUGAAUUGCCUCGAGUCAGAGCUGUUUUCGUUCGAGGAUGGCGACAGCGAUAGUGACGAUGAGGUUGGUGAUCUGUGCCGUUUAUUUAUUCUGGAAGGCGAGUCGGGCGCAGGCAAAUCUGCAGCCGUGUAUGCAUGUGCCGAGGAGCUGGGCUACGAGAUCAUUGAGAUCAACGCCGCCCAGAAUCGUUCUGGAAAGAGCGUUGUGGAACUUGCAGGUGAAGCUACGCAGUCAGCUCGGGUGCUGCACGUGGGUGCAAAGGCCGGCAUGAAGAAAACGAAGCACAAGAAAAAAAGGAGGAGACACUCUACAAGCCGCAAGAGUUUGGAGCAGCCCAUAGCAGCGCCAUUGUCACUUGUGAUGUUUGAGGAUGCAGACCUGAUCUUUGACGAAGACAAAGGCUUCCUCAGUGCCGUGUGCUCCAUCGCCAAGCAUGCAAAGUGUCCAAUUGUUGUAACGUGCACGCAGUUGCCAGAUGCAUUCCCUGCUAAGCCCGGACGGCUAUGUCGCGAGCUCCGCAAGCCAUCCAUGGACGAGUUUGCGACUUGGAUGCGUCUGGUAGCCUUUAUCGAAGGACUGCAGUUGGCACCGUCACUCAUUGAUGCGCUGGGCAACUUUUUCAAGCGCGAUGUUCGUCGCUCGCUGCAUUUUCUCGAGGCCAAUUUGCCGGUGUCCGAUGCAAGCAAGAAGACACAAUGGCGUUGGCAGGAUGUUGUCGACAAGAAGGAUACGUCGCAUGUUGAUGUUCCUGCUUGGACUUUGUGGACGACAGGGGGCUCGUCCUUCGAUGCACUAACGAGCAAUCUACUAGCUGAGCUCGCAGAAGCUUCUUCUAGAUCAGAGAGACAGUCUCUUGGUGGCAAAAGCCGUAAAGAGAAGCAAGUGGACGUUGAUGCGAUGGCAGAGUUAGCGCAGAUCAUGGAUGCUGUUUCGGUUGCAGAAGUGUGGAUGGCACCAGCUUUGGCAACUGGACAUGACGGCGACGACGACGACACUGAGGAUUCGUUCUUCCACCGCGAGCGUCGACAUCUUGCUGCGCUGGAGCUGAGACGUUCGAGCCUUCAGACGCUAGGAUCAUCAGCAAGUUCUCUUGGCGCGUCCCUUAUGCAGCACGAAGGACUCGUCGCCUCUACGUGCGUGCAGCGAACAUUAGACAGUGCUCUCGCAGCUUCUAGACGACAUUAUCACCAGACGGAGCUAGCGGCGCUGAAGAUGAAGUUCGAGCUCCCACUUGCAUACAAAGGAUGCGGGACCUCGGAACCGCGAUUCACCCUCGACUACAUGCCAAUGGUGGGGUGUCUGCUGUCCAGCACUGGCCUGCAAGAAGGUCGACGACGGGCGUCUCGACGCAACCACUAUUUGGGUGACGUGUUGGGGGACAUGAGCCUCAUUGACGACUUGCCAGCUUUUAACACGUACUUGCAGACCGACACAGACCCGAUCGUCGCGGCCUCCCCGGCUGCCUUACCGCAAAAAUAA